AACCGUCAUUUUCCUACGUGCCCUCUGACAUCAGCCACCUUCUCCGUAGCGACAGUUUCUCUGCACUCAUAUUAAUCCCUGGCAAUGAAAAAUGAGCCUCUCCCCCACCCUUGCUGCCGCCUGUCGCCUCACGCCCCCAGAGAAGAGUUUCUCCACGAGGCAGUGGGUGAAGGUUUUUUUCCAAGUCACAUGAUCCAGGAUGCAGGGGGAGAAUCCUACUUGGAACCCAGAUGAGCCCAGAACCGAAUCAGAUGAGGAGAGAUAAGGUGUGAUGCGGGGCGGCCUAUAUAAAGAAUGGACGCAGGGCCGCGGCAAGCACUCAGCGCGGCGGCCCCUCCUCGGGACGCAGCCAUGCACGUGCAGGAGGGCUCCGUGGCCAGCCAUCUGGGGACAACGAGCCGCAGCCACUUCUUUCUCACCACAGCCACGCUGGCUGUGUGCCUGGUCUUGGCUUUGGCGACCAUUAUGGUGCUGGUGGUUCAGAGGAAGGACUCCAUUCCCAAGACAUUUGUCAGCGACCCCAUUAAAGGAGGAAAUUGUUCAGAAGACCUCUUAAGUAUUGUGAAAAAUGCUCCAUUCGAGAAAUCGUGGGCCUAUCUCCAAGUGUCAAAGCAUCUAAACCAAACUAAGUUGUCUUGGAACAAAGAUGGCAUUGUCCAUGGAGUCAGAUAUCAGGAUGGGGAUCUGGUGAUCCAGUUCCCAGGUUGGUACUUCAUCAUUUGCCAACUGCAGUUUAUUGUGCAAUGCCCAAAUCAUUCUGUUGACCUGAAGUUGGAGCUUCUUAUCAACAAUCAGGCAAAAAAACAGGCCUUGGUGACAGUGUGCGAGUCUGAAAUGCAAACCAAAGGCAUAUACCAGAAUCUCUCUCAAUUUCUGUUGGAUUACCUGCAUGUCAACACCACGGUAUCAGUCAAAGUGGACAAAUUCCAGUAUGUGGAUACAAACACCUUUCCUCUUGAGAAUGUGUUGUCUAUCUUCUUAUACAGUAGCUCAGACUGACCAGUUUUCUUUUGGCCUUCAGGAAGAAAGC